CUGCAAUCGGGAUAGUCCUGUCCUGUGCGCAUCAGCAGAGCGCAUGCGCAAGCAGUGAAACCAGCUACGGUGCGUGGUGACAGCUGCACUGAUGAUAUCGAUGAACGUCUCCAGCGGUAACAACAAUCCGCAUAGUACUCCAGGCAAGAAGCACAAAAAGAAAAGCAAGAAGCAUCGCAAAGGAACUGGUGAGGAUAUUCCCCGAAUCGAUCUUGGGCCCCCAUUGCCCACUGCAGAUGAAUUGUGUCACAUCCUAACGAUCCACACGCCCUCCACUCCCCCGAAAACUCCCCCAACUCCGCCGCUCACCCUGUUCCCGAGUCCCCCUGACCUGCAGCCCGCCGCCCCACUGCCCCAGUCCCUGCCCAUCUCCAUCCCCAGCUCCAGCCCCGUCUCAGACUCCCCGCCUGCCUCCGUGCCUGGCUCCGACCCCGCACCGCCCUCCCCCACCAGCCUCGCUUCGCCUCCAUCCACCCCGGCCACCCCCGUCACCCCUUCCCUGGGCCUUCCACCGGUGCUGUCCACCACCCCGCCUACCUCACAGACCCUCUCCGGCCGGAGUGAGACCCCCCCUCCGCAGACCCUCAGCCCCCCACCACCGGACUUCACCCCCCCUCCCGCUGAGCUGCUGGGAUCAGAUGAUGAGGAGCAGGAGAACCCAACAGAUUACUGCAAGGGAGGAUACUACCCAGUGAAGAUCGGAGACUUGUUUAAUGGCAGAUACCACGUUGUGAGGAAACUAGGAUGGGGGCACUUCUCUACAGUGUGGCUUUGCUGGGACCUUCAGAGGAAGCGUUUUGUGGCGCUCAAGGUAGUGAAGAGUGCCCAGCACUACACAGAGACAGCCCUGGAUGAAAUAAAGCUGCUGAAAUGCGUUCGUGACAGUGACCCUUCAGACCCAAAGCGACAGACUAUUGUACAGCUCAUUGAUGACUUCAAAAUAUCCGGUGUUAAUGGUGUCCAUGUUUGCAUGGUGCUCGAGGUGCUCGGCCAUCAGCUGCUGAAAUACAUCAUCAAGUCCAACUACAUGGGCCUGCCGAUGGUCUGUGUCAAGAGCAUCCUCAAACAGGUUCUUCAAGGUCUAGACUACCUACACACCAAAUGCAAGAUCAUCCACACAGACAUCAAGCCAGAGAACAUCCUGCUGGACGUUAACGAGGUGUACAUCCGGCGCCUGGCUGCCGAGGCCACAAUAUGGCAGCAGUCUGGAGCCCCGCCCCCCUCAGGCUCCUCUGUUAGCUCCGCCCCAAGGGAAAAUCAGAUGGGGAAGAUCUCCAAGAACAAGAAGAAGAAGCUGAAGCGGAAGGCCAAGCGGCAGCAGCGGCUGCUGGAGGAGCGGCUCCAGGACCUGCAGCGCCUGGAGGAGCUGGACGGCGAGCCGGCCGCGGGGACAGGCACCGCGCAGGGCAGCCAGGCCGCCAGGGCCCUGUGGAGGCUGCAGGAGGACGACGAGGACGACGACGAGGAGGAGGCCGAGGGCCUCCCGCCAGGUGAGACACGGAGGUCAGAGGGCAGGCAGGCGCGCCUGCGGAAGGAGCCUCCGGCGAAAGGUCGUUCCGUGUUCAACGGAAACGGAAACGGGAACCUGCGGCCCCACGGCAGUAAGGGCAGCCCUGAGUCGGGCUCCUCGUGGCUGGAGGACGGCUGCAACGGUCACGGCGGCGGCGGCGGUGGCGGGCCCAUGCGCUUCUCCAGCCCCGGCUCGUGCCUGUCCGGCGUGUCCAGCUCGGUGCUCUCGACCACCUCCGAGUCGGCCCUCUCCACGCUGUCCGGCUACUCCACAGGCAGAGAUAGCCAGCGCUCGGCCCUCUCCUCCUCCUCGUACAGCGCUGCAGACUUCCUGGUGAACCCACUGGAAUCACAGAACGCAGACAAAAUCCACAUCAAGAUAGCAGACCUGGGCAACGCCUGCUGGGUGCACAAGCACUUCACAGAGGACAUUCAGACACGGCAGUACCGCGCCCUAGAGGUGCUCAUAGGGGCUGAGUACGGCACCCCCGCAGACAUUUGGAGCACAGCCUGCAUGGCGUUUGAGCUGGCCACUGGAGACUAUCUGUUUGAGCCUCACUCAGGAGAGGACUACACCAGAGAUGAAGAUCACAUAGCUCACAUCAUCGAGCUGCUGGGAGCCAUUCCACCUCACCACGCCCUCUCAGGACGCUACUCGCGCGAGUACUUCAACCGCAGAGGAGAGCUGCGGCACAUCGCCAACCUGAAGCCGUGGGGUCUGUUCGAGGUCCUGCUGGAGAAGUACGAGUGGCCCCUGGAGCAGGCGGCCCAGUUCAGCGACUUCCUGCUGACCAUGCUGGAGUUCCUGCCCGAGAAGAGGGCCACGGCAGCGGAGUGUCUGCGGCACCCCUGGCUCAACUCAUAACACGCACACACACUUACACACACACUUACACACACACUUACACACACACUUACACACACACACACACACACACACACACACACACCUCUACUCAAUAGAGCAACUUCUGACAACACCACAUAUGAUUCAUGCACUGGAGGACAAGACUCCUCACUCACUUAAAUACACUGGGAUGAGUUAUAUAGUCGUAGUGUAUGCAUUGCACACAGUCACAGAGGGCUGAGCAACUCAGCCUUGCACAUACGCACACAUGUAGCACACACUCAAAGGCAUUGGAGCAACUCCUUAUGCGCGCACACACACACACACACACACAUAUAGGAGAAACUGUCAGUACUUUGUACAUGCUUUGUCUCAACAGCACUAGCAGAUGAACUCCCAACGUACACACACACACACACACACACACACGUACUGUAUACACACACAUACACCACAUACCCAAACCAUGCUAUUUUCCACUUUUUUGACUAGAUCCCCUCCUUGCUUAUUCCUGCGUGCGCACACACACACACAUAUUCACACACAUAUAUACACACACACACACACACACACACACAGACACAUGCUAAUCCUUCCCCUGCACUCUCCCAGCAGUCGGUCAGUUCCUAUACUCCCAGGUGCACACAUCUCCGAAUGUAUCACGAGUAUUAUGGUAAGACAAACUUCAGAUUACCUGACUCUGAGCACACAGCUAGCCACAGUGUAACCUCAGUCUACGUUUCUUUUUAAUUACUAUUCUUAUUAUUACUAUUAUUAUUAUUAUGAUUAUUAUUAUUAUUAUUACGGAGCUUUGAUUUAUGUAAAUGUUUGGAAUAAAAUGUCUGCAGUCUGUCGAUCGUUUUCGAGAUGUAUGGUCGUCUUCUGUCGGCUGGUCACGUAUUUAUAUGUUAAAAUAGUGCCUUGAUAUGCCAUGUGUAAAAAUGAGAACUAGAGAGGGAAAAUAUGCCUUCACUUUUUUAUAUAUGUUCGCCAGUUGGUGUGUGGAAUGCUUGUUGUUUGUGAACAUACGAUACUGUGUAUGACCACUGGAGACCGGAGAAGAAUAAUAAAGAUGAAAUAAACCUG